GCAUUCCCAUGGUCCGUGAACGCAGCAUGGAGCAGCCUGCCUGCCAGUAGAAGGAGCUCUCCUCUUCUUCGGUCUUACCUAAUCUACGAGCCAAACAUACACAAACAUGGCGCUAUCACAGGCAGGCAGGAUGCAGUCCUCUCUGCGCUCCUCUCUGUAUUUAUUCGUGCUGGUCUGGGUCGCAGGAUUGAACGCGUCGACCCUCCAUCUGCACCCGGAGCAGCGCUUCAUGCUGCCGCAGAACAGAGGAUUCUUCACGAUAGAGGCGAAUGAGGAUUUACCGUGGGGAGAUGGAGGAGGCGCCGCGGCUCCUGCGCUGCCCCUGGCCGCUCAGAACGUCGCUGAAGGCAGGUUGGACUCCGGCGCCCUCCCGCUGCAGCGAAGCCGCCGGAGCGCAGGAGAAUCCACCAUGCCAAAGGUGUACGGACAGGCCAACCUGAACGACUCUCAUAACCAGAUGGUGGUGCACUGGGCCGGGGAGAAGAGCAACGUCAUCGUAGCUCUGGCCCGAGACAGCGCCGGAACCAGCGUGCUGAAAACCAGCUCGAUCUACGUGUCGUAUGAUUACGGGACCACCUUCACGCUCGUCUCAGAGAAAUUUCAGCUCCUCGGGGCCAAGUUCAAAGAAGGAGCCAAGCAGGUCAUCUCACAGUUCUACCACAGUCCUGCAGACAACAGGAGGUACCUUUUUGUCGACUCCACCAACAACUACCUGUGGAACACCUUCGACUUCUGUAAGAGCGUGCAGGGUUUCUCCCUCCCCUUCAAACCCACUGACCUGCUGCUGCACAACCGGAGAUCCAACCUGGUGCUCGGCUACGACAGCUCACACCCCAACAAGCAGCUGUGGAAAUCAGACGACUUUGGGGAGACAUGGUUGUUGAUCCAGGAGCACGUGAAGACCUACUUUUGGGGUGUGGAGCCGUACGACCCCCCCACGACAGUCCUGGUCCAGAGACACGAGCCUCAGGGCGUCUCCACCAUCAUGAGCAGCACCGACUUCUUCCAGAGCGAGCUGAACCGCCGGGUGAUCCUGGAGCAGGUCGACAGCUUCCAGCUGAGGGAGAAGUACAUGUUCGCCACUACCACGCGGAAACUGUUUGGCAGCCAUGAUCCUUCAUCUGUUCAGCUCUGGGUCUCCUACAACCGCCAGCCAAUGAAAUCUGCUCAGUUCAUGACCCGGCAUCCAAUCACAGAGUACUACAUAGCGGACGCUUCAGAGGACCAGGUGUUUGUGUGUGUGAACCACCUGAACAAUGUCACACACCUGUACAUCUCAGACACACAGGGUCUGUCCUUCUCUCUGUCGCUGGAGAACGUCCUGUACUACAGUCCUGAAGGCUCUGGCAGCAACACACUGAUACGGUACUUUGCCAAUGAGCCCUUCGCAGACCUUCACCGCGUCGAGGGGCUGCGAGGAGUCUUCAUCGCCACGCUCAUCAACGGCUCGGUCAGCGAGGACAACAUGAGAUCCGUCAUCACGUUCGACAAAGGAGGGACGUGGGAGCUGCUGCAGCCGCCUGCUGCGGACAGCCUGGGAGGGACGGUGGACUGUCAGCUUGGUAAAGGUUGCUCUCUGCACCUGGCUCAGCGCUGGAGCCAGCUGUUCAACAUCCAGCUGAGGAGGAUGCCCAUUUUAUCCAAAGAUUCUGCACCGGGACUCAUCAUGGCCACAGGAUCUGUAGGCAGGAACUUGGCCAACAAACCGAAUGUGUACGUAUCCAGCAGCGCCGGAGCCCGCUGGAACGAGGCUCUGGCCGGCCCUCACUUCUACACAUGGGGAGACCACGGCGGCAUCCUGAUGGCCAUCGCCCAGGGAGGAGGCACCACGCAUCUCAAGUUCAGCACUAAUGAAGGCGAGACGUGGACGGACUUCACGUUCUCAGACCGAGAGGUGUUCGUGUACCAGCUGCUGACUGAACCCGGGGAGAAGAGCACCAUCUUCACCAUCUUCGGGUCAUACGCCGACCAGAGACACAGCUGGCUCAUCCUGCAGGUCAACACCUCCGACGUCCUGGGCGUGCCGUGUUCAGACGCCGACUACAAACGCUGGUCUCCGUCGGACGAGCACGGUAACGAGUGUCUGCUGGGCAGAGAGAUCACGUUUAAGAGGCGAGCUCCUCACGCUACGUGUUUUAACGGAGAAGACUUCGACCGGCCCGUCACCGUCUCCAACUGCUCCUGCACGCGACAGGACUACGAAUGCGACUACGGCUUCAAGCUGAGUGAGGACCUGUCCCUGCAGGUGUGUGUGCCUGACCCGGAGUUCGUGGGCGACCUGUACGCUCCUCCGGUGCCGUGUCCUGUCGGCACCACUUACCGCCGCAGCAAAGGCUACAGGAAGGUCCCGGGUGACAGCUGCAGCGGAGGAGACGUGGAGUCCAGACUGGAUGGAGAGAUGCUGCCGUGCCCAGUCGGAGAGAGUAACGAGUUCAUCCUGUACGCGGUGAGGAACUCCAUCCAUCGGUACGACCUGGCCACAGGAACAGACCAGGCUCUGCCUCUGGCCGGACUCAGGGAGGCUGUGGCUCUGGACUUUGACUACGAUAAGAACUGCCUGUACUGGGCCGACAUCUCUCUGGACACCAUUCAGCGUCUGUGUCUGAAUGGCAGCACGGGUCAGGAGGUCGUGGUCAGGAAGGAUCUACAGAACGUGGAAGCUCUGACCUUUGACCCCAUCAGCAGACUGCUGUACUGGGUGGACGCUGGAGCGCAGAAGAUAGAGGUUUCGAACCCUGACGGUGACCUCCGCCACACGCUGCUCAACUCCUCAACCCUGGAGCAUCCAAGAGCUCUGGUGCUGCUGCCUGGAGAGAGCCUGAUGUUCUGGACCGACUGGGGAGACCACGCCGCUGGUGUGUACAGAAGCUACAUGGACGGAUCCAACGUGUCCUGCAUCGUGUCCGAUGGCGUCCGCUGGCCUAACGGGAUCACAGCCGACGACCACUGGCUGUACUGGACCGAAGCGUACAGCGACCGCAUUGAGAGGGCCGACUUCAUGGGGGGCCAGAGGAGCGUUCUGAUGGAGGGGCUGCCCCACCCGUACGCCAUCGCUGUCUUCAAGAACGACCUGUACUGGGACGACUGGUCCAGAAUGGGGAUCUUCAAAGCUCCAAAAGCCGGCUCCCAGAGCAACGAGCUGAUUGUCGGCCGACUGACCGGAGUCAUGGAUCUCAAGAUCUUCUACAAGGGGAAGAACAGAGGUCAUAACGCCUGUGCAGACCAGCCGUGCAGCCUGCUCUGCCUCCCGCAGCCCGGACACCGUCACACCUGCGUCUGCCCGGACGGCGCCCCAACUCUGACCAUGCCCAACGGAGAGCUGCAGUGUCAGUGUCCCACCGGCUACCAGCUCCACAACAGCACCUGCGUCAAGAUCGAGCACAGCUGCUUACCCAAUCAGUACCGCUGCUCUAACGGACGCUGCAUCAGCAGCAUCUGGAAGUGUGACAGCGACAACGACUGUGGAGACAUGAGUGACGAGCAGGAGUGUCCCACUACGACCUGUGACCCCUCAAACCAGUUCCGCUGUUUGGCCUCAGGCUCCUGCAUCCCUCUGGCCUUUAAGUGUGACCACGAGGACGACUGUGGAGACAACAGUGAUGAAGAGCACUGUGAGUCUCACCAGUGCGGCCCGGGAGAGUUCACGUGUGCACGAGGAGUUUGUAUCCGUGAGGCUUGGCGCUGUGACGGAGACAACGACUGCAGAGACUGGUCGGAUGAAGCAAACUGCACAGUGGGCCACCAUACAUGUGAGGCCAGCAGCUUCCAGUGUCACACAGGUCACUGUAUCCCAGAGCGCUGGGUGUGUGACGGAGACGACGACUGCCAGGACGACUCUGACGAAGAUCCCAGACAUUGUGAGGGAACUCGGUGUAACGGCUUCCUCUGCUCCAAUCACACCUGCCUCCCUGCCACCGCUCACUGUAACGGCAUCAAGGAGUGUCCGGACGGAGCUGACGAGCACAACUGUGACCCUCUGUGCACGCGCUACAUGGAGUUUGUCUGCAAGAACAGAGCCCAGUGUCUGUUUCAGUCUCUGGUCUGUGACGGGAUCAAACACUGUGAGGACGGGUCUGAUGAGGACGCAGGAUAUGCCGGAUGUGCCACGCCAUCUGAGUUUGGCAAAGUGUGCGACGCCUACACCUUCCAGUGUGCCAACGGAGUGUGUGUGAGCCUAGAGUGGAAGUGUGACGGCAUGGACGACUGUGGGGAUUACUCUGACGAAGCCAACUGUGCCGCUCCCACUGAGGUCCCCGGCUGCUCCAGGUACUUCCAGUAUGAGUGCAGAAACGGACGCUGCAUCCCGACGUGGUGGAAGUGUGACGGAGAGAACGACUGUGGGGACUGGUCUGAUGAAGCACAGUGCACGGGUGGUGUCACUCCUCACACCGUGGCUCCUGGUCCCUCCACAUGCGCCCCGAACCGUUUCCACUGCGGCUCUGGAGCUUGUAUCAUAAACACGUGGGUGUGUGACGGCUACGCUGACUGUCCUGACGGCAGUGACGAGCUGGGAUGUCCCACAGGUAACAUCUCUGUGACGGUCAGUCCUGUACCCACUCAGCCCCCCGCUCCACAGCCCUCCCCAAGUCGGUGCAACCGGGGUCAGUUCCAAUGUCGACGACCCCCCCUCUGCAUCCCUGACUGGCAGCGCUGCGAUGGUCAGAACCACUGCCAGGACCGCUCUGAUGAAGCAAACUGCCCCACUCGGGGUCCUCUGUUCUGCCUCAACGGGACUCGCUGCUCUGACGGUGAGGCGUGCGUUCUGGACGGUGAGAGGUGCGACGGCUUUCUGGACUGCUCCGACCACAGCGACGAGGACAACUGCACAAUGGACAGCCUAGCCUACAAAGUCCAGAACCUCAAGUGGACCCGAGACUUCCUGGGUGCCAUCACUCUGACCUGGUCUCGUCCUAAAAGCCUUCCUCUGGACUCCUGCUACUUCCUGGUGUACUACAGGCUGGUGGGCACCCAGCAGUGGACCAUCAUGGAUACUCACAGCAACAAGACCAGCUACCAGCUGACGGUCCUGAAACCUGACACCACCUACCAGGUGAAGGUGCUCACUCAGUGUCUCAGCAAGCUGCACAAGACCAACGAGAUGAUCACAGUGAGGACUCCAGAGGGCCUGCCCGACCCGCCCAGGAACCUGCAGCUGUCGUGUGAUAACGGGGAAGACGGGAAGGUCCAAGUUUCCUGGAGUCCUCCUGACAAAGGACACGGCCUCAUCAGAGAGUACAUCGUUGAGUACAGUGAGCGAGGAGGUCUUGAAUGGACGUCAGAGAGAUGCAUAACAACCAACACAGAAGUGAAAGAGCUUCAGUCGGACACGAUGUACAGGUUCAGGGUGGCAGCAGUGACGAGUCGAGGCGUGGGAAACUGGAGUGAAGUGAAAUCCAUCACCCCAAAGAAAGCUCUGCCUCCUCCCUCUGUGAUCGCCGACACCAUCACCACCAACUCCCUGAGCUUCUCAUUCAGCUUCAACUCUCAGUAUGAGGUGAAGCAGUACGUAGUGAUCCUGUCCUGGCAGUUUGACUCCCACGUAAAGGAGGACAAGAACUACACGGUCACAGAGCGGAUCCUCAGAGCUACAAACCUGACAGCAGGGACGGUGUACGAGGUGGCGGUCUGGGCUCACACUAGUAUUGGAGACAGUCCCACCGCUCUGUCCCACCAUCAGACCAGCGGCACCCAGCCAGACCGGCCCCUCUUUAAGGCCAGAGCCCUGAACCAGACCGCUGUGGACUGUGGCUGGAACAUGAACGGUCCGCCCAACGAGGUGUACGGUGUGUUUUACGCCACCUCCUUCCUGGAUCUGUACCGCAGUCCUCGUCAGCUCAGCACGUCGUCUCUCAGCCUGACGGUCACAGUGGACAGCGAUGAACAAUAUCUCUUUCUGGUGCGAGUCGUCUCCCCCUUCCUGGGUCCUCCCUCGGACUACGCGGUGGUGAAAAUGAUCCCAAACGAGAGGCUUCCUCCGAGGAACCUCCACCGAGUCCGAGUGGACAAAACGCAGGCCACGCUGAAGUGGCAGCCGCCGUACGACGCCCCAAACCAGCCUCUGAUGUACGCCAUCCAUGUGCGAGACGUGAUCCGUAAGCAGGAGUGGGACUACAAGCUGAGCAGCAAAAACAACACGGUGGAGUAUCAGCUGAAAGGUCUGGAGCCCGGCGGACGAUACAGCAUCUCUGUGCGCCUCAGGAACAUGAGCAAGGAGGCCAGCUUCACUCUCAGCACAGUUCCUCUUCCAGCUCCAGAGGCCCUGAAGAUUUUGACAGAGAAAGACCACGUGUUCCUUUUCUGGAAGAGUCUGGCCGUCAGAGAAAAGGGCUUCAACGAGAGCAGGGGCUAUGAAGUGCACGUAUACGACAGUUUGACCAACCAGACGUCCUUCCUGGGGAACACCACAGAGACUUACUUCAGGAUCAGCAGCCUGCUGCUGGGACACAACUACACCUUCUCCGUGCAGGCGCGCUGCCUGCUCAGCGGCCAACUGUGUGGAGAACCUGCUCUCCUGCUCUACAACGAGCUGGCAGCAAGCGCCAGCGAUGGCUCCCGCGCUGACGGCCGCUCAGGGGACAUGGCGGCAGUGGUGGUCCCGGUCCUCUUCCUCCUUCUGUUGGGCAUGUGCGGUGGCUUGGUGGCGCUCUACCUCCGACACCGCAGGCUGCAGAACAACUUCACCGCCUUCGCAAACUCGCAUUACAACUCCCGGCUGGGCUCGGCUAUCUUCUCCUCCGGGGAUGAACUGGGUGACGAUGAUGAAGAUGCUCCCAUGAUCAGCGGCUUCUCAGACGACGUCCCCAUGGUUAUCGCGUAGCACAACGUCCUUCUGUUAGCUUUUUCUCUCUUUCCUUCUCCCCCCCUUCGCCCCCCCCGUCAGCGGCGCGGUACGACGGAGCAAAGAUGAAAAACUCUGCCGCCGUCUUUAAAUCCGUUGAUAGGAAAACAUCCCGAUUAGCAGGAAACAUGAAGAAAAACGGAAAAGUGUAAAGAGAGAAAGAGAUAUUUUUCAAAUAUACAAUGCACUUUUUUUGGAUGCGCAAUAACUUAUUUUUUAUAAUGUAAAAAAAAAAAAAAGAUAUAUAUGGGGUCAAAUGAGGACUGUGAGGAAGAGGAGGAGGAGGUGGACACUGAAGAAACUGUGAAGGAUCUGAGUUUGUGAAGCUCGCCCAGGGAAAGAGAGACCCUAUUUAUAAUGCAAACUCACCAUCCAUAGAGCGGUUCAUCGCUUAAAGCCAAAAUAAGCAUCCAGAGACUGUAAUAUAGAACGCAAAAAACACACACACACUUUGAGAAAAACUAUAGAUGAUAGACAAAUGCUGUAAACUAUAUGUACAAAAACCUAUUGGAGAAGCAAGUUAGAUGUUUUGGUUAAAGUGCAGAGUGUACUGAAGCAGUACGCGUAACGUCAGUGUCCAGGAAGAGGCAGGAUGAUGAGUUAAAGGGGACUCUGGGUUUUAAUCCUGGACUUUCAUGUGUUUGGUGUCAAAAUGACUCAAAGAUGUUAUACUGCAAUUUCAAAAUAUGUCCAACAAAUGCUAAAACUUUAGACGCUGAUGCCUCAGAUUGAUUUUAAAAGCCAAAAGAGAUUCCUGCACAGGAUUAAGAUGCUUUUAUGGACGAGAAUUAGCCGUAACAUCUCUCUCUGCAGGGCCGCCAGACUACUUUGACCUCACAGUGCACCGGAGCUGCUCGUUUACAGCCGUCUACAUCUCUUAGUUUGCUGUGCGACUUUGGGUUUUAUUUGUUAAGGGUUGGCUCCGAUUCUGCAGAAUACAUUCACACAAACUAACAACACAGAAAGUGGCGAGGUAAACCUUUUGGUUCUGGUGAAAUCAGUGCUUUUAUCAAUGGAGUUUGGUGGCUUUGAGAGGAGACAAGAAACAAACAGUUUAAGGAUCCUUUCAGUAGUUUUGUCAGAGACCUAGAGUAAGAGUUUGAGCCCGUUAGUGACAAAAACAAGACCUUAAAUCUGGCAUUGUGCUGCAGCAAUUAAAGGAACAGUUCAGUUUUUUGUAGUACGGUUGUUUGAGGUACUUGAUAAGCCGGCCGGUCUGGUAUCUUCUGAUUCAGAGAGGUCCAGAAGUACUGUUGUGACCACUUGGGAUCUCUCCUGCUCUCCAGUUAGCUUGGUCUGUUGAGUCUCGUACUUCCUCUGUAAACUCCGGUUCAUAAAGGUGUCCUCUUGAGUCCACAGAAGUUAGUUUAGUUGUGUUUUUAUCUCUCUUAAAGCAGACUUACUCGAGCAGCCAAUCAGUGCGUUGCAGGUGGAGGAACACAAAUGCAUCCUAAGAUGAACAAAGUGGCUUUCUGACGGCAAAUUCAACUUCUAAAUUAUUUUUAAUUAUAAAGUACACCAGCUCCAACGCUAAAGUUUGGGUUGCACUUUUUGAAGAAUAGCAAGGUUGCAUCUGCAGAGGUUGAUAGCCUCGCCUGCAUGCUUGGUUUCUGGCUGGUUCAUCAAUAAAGCAUAAAACCAUGCUUCAAAAAACGGAACUGUCCCUUUAAAGCUUGCUUUAAAUUUCAAACUGUCGUCUCUGUGAGUCAUUCAGACACCAAACACAUAAAGUAGAGACCAGGUUUGAAAAUAGCGGAGUUCUCCUUUAACUCUGGGUCAUUUUCUAUCAUUCCACAUUUCUAAUUGUUUGUCUAUUUGAUGAUCACCAGUUGAUAAAUGUAAACGCAUCAACAGUCUGUGUAGACAACCAAACAGCUGAGUGAUGGGUCGACCUGUGGCGCCGUGCAGUGUCCUCAUUGAUACACCUUUCCUUUCUCACCACCAGCACACUGUUGUACGUCUGUAUGUAAAGGCAACACAUGUACCAUGAACAUACCCAUGGCUCUGAAAUAUUUGUAAAUAUUGGCUUUUAAUACGUCCUCUCCUCGUCAUGCUGCACCGUAUGAUUCUUUAAAUGUUUUUUUUUGUUUUCCUCUUUUUUUUAAAAAAUCGUUCAGGACCACGCGUUUUGUCCCCAGCGUUUUGCCGUAGCUGUAGUCAGAGAGGAAGUGGGUUCUCAGGGAACUGUGUCGGAGCGGACUCCCGCGCAGCAGCAGCAGCAGCAGCACCAUCCCCCCCCAUGGCUUAGGCAGCACCGUCCGCCGACUGUUGAUAGUACGACACCGUUAGAGAGGUACUGGAUCAGCUGUGGGUGGAGUUCACGGCAGAUGAAGAUUAUUUUCAGGCUGAAAAAUAUAAAACUUUAAAGGGUUAAUCCAAACAAAAUCAGAAACAUGUUCACUGACCUGCAGAUGUUUUUAGUUUGAGAGAUCAACAAGUCUUUCCAGAAACAGCAUCCUGGCUCCUGAUCUUGUGACACUCAUCAGCUGCACGUUUUUUAAAGAUAAGCAAAUAAAACCGCUCCCUUCCAGCUGAUCCGCGCGUGGACAAGGCUUUUUAAUUAGUUUUGCAACAAUCCAACACAAAGAUUGAGCAAAAUGACAUCGUCAGCAACCGCCUGCACAGAAAACUAUUACAGUAGUACGAGAAGCUUUAUGCUGAGCAUAAGAUGUUCACCUUAUUCAGCGCAUUAAUAGGAGCAAUUUAAUACAG